GUUGAUGGCCGCGUUCCAGGUGUUAACGUCAGCAGACGCCUGACCUCCGCAUGGUGACACCUUCCGGCUCUUCUUCCAUUGUGGAGAUGGACAGAGGCUGUUGAUCCAGUUGCCCUGUUAGGGUCCCUGCUGUUUCCCCCUGGUCGUUUCAGCAGCCGUCGGCGAGUUCAUUCUUCCGCAUGUCAGACACGUCGCCCUUAGACUGGAGAGAAAAUGGAACCGAACGUGGCUUUUGGCCGUUCCUGUAGACCCUGAUGAGACCGCGAUGGCCGUCCCCAGGGGCAGGUGCUGACACUCCGCAGCCCGGUCGCCGUUCGUCCCGACACCGUCUCCAGUCUCGGCAUCUAAAUGCCACAGUGCUCUCAGGGCCGGCGGGGCAGGGAGCCGCUGUGGCCUCGUGAGGCCAGCUGUGUGCACCUCUGAGCCUGUGCACAUCGAUGGAUUGAUGGGAACACGUCGGAUCCACUGGGUCGGACACGUUUUAACAUAAUCGGAAUUGCUGUGUCGUAUGUAGCUCGUGGGAAAAGGAACUUGGAAUCACCUCUUUGGAUUAAGGUUACACCCACGUAACAAUGGAAACGCAUUAGCGUUAAAACUUAAAAAGAGAAAACAAAAAAGCGGCAUAAAACCAUGGGGAAUGCGGAGAGUCAGAACGUGGAGCACGCGUUCUACGGAGAAAAGCAUGCCGGCCUGGGGCGCAAGCACACCUCGCGCUCCCUGCGCCUGUCGCACAAGGCGCGGCGCAUCCGGCACGCGUCCUCCGGGAAGGCCCUCCCCAGGGGCUCUGAGGUGAGCACGCGGUCCAGCAGCACCCCCAGCAUCCCGCAGUCGCUGGCCGAGAACGGCCUGGAGCCCUUCUCCCAGGAGGGCGCCCUGGAGGACUUCGGGAACCCCAUCUGGGUGGACCGCGUGGAUAUGGGCUUGCGACCCGUGUCCUACACCGACUCCUCCGUGGCCCCCAGCGUGGACAGCAGCAUUGUGCUCACAGCGGCCUCGGUGCAGAGCAUGCCCGACUCGGAGGAGGGCAGGCUCUACGCUGACGACGGGCCCUACCUGCCCGAGGGAAGCCGGAGGCAGCACCCCUGCGCCUGCCCGGGGCCCACGUUCCCGGAGUCCGCCAGCUUUAAGAAGAAACGGUCCAAGUCUGCAGACAUCUGGCGGGAGGACAGCCUGGAAUUCUCGCUGUCUGAUCUGAGCCAAGAACAUUUAACCAGCAAUGAGGAGAUCCUGGGUUCCGCCGAGGAGAAAGACUGCGAGGAGGCGCGGGGCACGGACACCCGGGCGGGGCCGCGGCCGCUCGGAGCCUGUCAGCGUGCCAACUCCUUGAGUGACCUGUAUGCCCAGAAAAGCCCCGGGGCGAUGGCCAACGGGGGGCCCAGGAGCAGAUGCGCAGGCUAUUGUCGGAACCUGGUGUCGGACAUGCCCCACCUUGCCAACCGAAAGAUGCCAUCGGCCGCUGCCGAGGACGCCCUUCCCUACAGCACCUAUAGCACCCUUCCCUGCAGGAAGUCUCACUGCCUGUCCGAGGGCCCCUCCAACCCACAGCUCAGCCACAGCAACAGCAUGCAGGGCCGGAGAGCCAAGACCACUCAGGGCGGCUGUGGCCUGGAGGCACCGCGCAUGCCUGGCGAGGAGAUGGGGGAUGUGAGCGGCUGUGCCGAGGACGUGGGACACUGUUGUACGGGCUCGGCCCCUGCUCUUUCCUCCCUGGAUUUCACACACCCUUGUUUCCAGCCCUUUCCCGGUGACCGUCACCAGCCAUGGUCUCCCCUGCAGACCUUUUGCUGCACGGCCACCCGACACUCACGCAGCCCCGUUCUGUUCCCAGGGUGCACGCUGCUCUUCUACGAGAACGAUGGCAGGUCGGGGAUGGAGCCCAGCAGUGUCCCCAAGCACGCCGUGUGGGUGGAGAACAGCAUUGUGCAGGCCGUGCCCGAGCACCCCAAGAAGGACUUCGUCUUCUGCCUCAGCAACUCCCUGGGCGACGCCUUCCUCUUCCAGACCACCAGCCAGACGGAGCUAGAGAACUGGAUCACCGCCAUCCACUCGGCCUGCUCGGCCGCGGUCGCCAGGCACCACCACAAGGAGGACACGCUCCGCCUCCUCAAGUCCGAGAUCAAGAAGCUGGAGCAGAAGAUCGACAUGGAUGAAAAGAUGAAGAAAAUGGGCGAGAUGCAGCUGUCGUCCGUCAGCGACGCCAAGAAGAAGAAGACCAUCCUAGACCAGAUCUUCGUUUGGGAGCAGAAUCUCGAACAGUUCCAGAUGGACCUCUUUCGUUACCGCUGCUACCUCGCCAGUCUCCAGGGUGGGGAGCUGCCCAACCCCAAGAGGCUCCUGGCUUUUGCGAGCCGACCGACGAAGGUGGCCAUGGGGCGCCUGGGAAUCUUCUCCGUCUCGUCCUUUCACGCCCUGGUGGCCGCCCGCACCGGCGAGACGGGAGUGAGACGGCGCACCCAGGCCAUGUCCCGGUCCACGAGCAAGCGGAGGAGCAGGUUCUCGUCUCUCUGGGGUCUGGACACAACCUCCAAGAAGAAGCAGGGACACCCCAGCAUCAAUCAGGUGUUUGGUGAGGGACCCGACGCCGUCAAGCAGUCUUUGGAGGGCGUAUUUGAAGACACCGUCCCGGAUGGCAAGAUGGAGAAGGAGAUGGGCCUGCCCAGCGUCCACCAGCAGAAUCCUGACUGUGACAUUUGGGUCCACGAGUAUUUCACUCCGUCCUGGUUCUGUCUGCCGAACAACCAGUCUGCGCUGACGGUCGUGCGGCCGGGCGACACCGCGCGGGACACUCUGGAGCUGAUCUGCAAGACGCACCAUCUGGACCCGUCCGCUCAUUACCUGCGUCUGAAGUUUCUGAUCGAGAACACGCUGCAGGUCUACGUGCCGGAGCCCGAGGAGGACAUCUACGAACUGCUCUACCAAGAAAUUGAAAUUUGUCCGAAAGUCACUCGGAGGCUCCAGGUUGAGAAGUCGGAUGCGGCCGGGGAAAAUUACGGGUUCUCGCUGUCGUCCGUGGAGGAAGAGGGCGUCCGGAGGCUCUACGUGAACAGCGUGAAGGAAACCGGCUUAGCUUCCAAGAAAGGGCUGAAGGCGGGAGAUGAGAUUCUCGAGAUCAGUAAUCGCGCGGCCGCCACCCUGAGCUCCUCGGCGCUCAGAGACUUCCUCUCGCAGCCCAGCCUGGGCCUCCUGGUGAGGACGCGCCCCGAGCUGGAGGGGGGCACCCCGCUGCUGGGCAGCCCACCCCGCCGCGCCGAGAGCCCCGCCGAGCCUGGCCAGGGCCCCCUCGCCUUCCUCGCCAGCAGCCCAGGGCACAGCCUGUGUGGCGCCCAGGGCAGCAGCGCUGAGACCGCCCCCGAGGAGGCCGAGGGGCCAGACGUGGAGUCCUCAGAUGACACCGACCACAGCAGCAAGAGCACGGAACAGGGGGCCGCGUCCUGCCACAGUCCGCGCGAGAUGAACCCCAGUGACCCGAGCCCGUCCCCCCAGGACCCCGGCGGGCCGCAGCUGUCCACCACGCGGCAGCUCACGGACGCCGACAAGCUGCGCAAGGUGAUCUGCGAGCUCCUGGAGACGGAGCGUACCUACGUGAAGGACUUGAACUGCCUCAUGGAGAGAUACCUAAAACCGCUUCAGAAGGAGACUUUUCUCACCCACGAUGAGCUGGAUGUGCUCUUUGGAAACUUAACCGAAAUGGUCGAGUUUCAAGUAGAAUUCCUUAAAACCCUGGAAGAUGGGGUGAGACUAGUGCCGGAUCUGGAAAACCUUGAGAGAGUUGAUCAGUUUAAGAAGGUGCUGUUCUCCCUGGGGGGCUCCUUCCUGUACUAUGCCGACCGCUUCAAGCUCUACAGUGCCUUCUGCGCCAGCCACACGAAGGUGCCCAAGGUCCUGGUGAAAGCCAGGACGGACGCGGCGUUCAAAGCCUUCCUGGACGCGCAGAACCCGAGGCAGCAGCACUCGUCCACACUGGAGUCGUACCUCAUCAAGCCCAUCCAGAGGGUCCUCAAGUACCCGCUGCUGCUGCGGGAGCUCUACGCGCUGACGGACGCCGACAGCGAGGAGCACUACCACCUGGACGUGGCCAUCAAGACCAUGAACAAGGUCGCCAGUCACAUCAACGAGAUGCAGAAGAUCCACGAGGAGUUUGGGGCCGUGUUUGACCAGCUGAUUGCUGAACAGACGGGUGAAAAAAAAGAGGUGGCGGACCUGAGCAUGGGCGACCUGCUGCUGCACACCACCGUGAUCUGGCCGAACCCGCCCGCCUCGCUGGGGAAGUGGAAGAAGGAGCCGGAGUUGGCCGCCUUCGUCUUCAAAACGGCCGUGGUCCUUGUGUAUAAAGAGGGCUCCAAACAGAAGAAGAAACUUGUGGGAUCUCACAGGCUGUCCAUCUACGAGGAGUGGGACCCCUUCCGGUUUCGGCACAUGAUCCCCACGGAAGCGCUGCAGGUUCGCACCUUGGCCACUGCAGAUGCAGAAGCCAACGCGGUGUGCGAGAUCGUCCACGUCAAGUCCGAGUCGGAAGGGAGGCCGGAGAGGGUGUUCCACCUGUGCUGCAGCUCCCCCAAGAGCCGGAAGGAUUUCCUGAAGGCCGUGCACUCGAUUCUCCGCGACAAGCACAGAAGGCAGCUCCUCAAGACCGAGAGCCUGCCCUCGUCCCAGCAAUAUGUCCCUUUCGGAGGGAAGCGACUGUGUGCGCUGAAGGGGGCCCGGCCGGCCAUGAGCAGGGCAGUGUCCGCCCCAAGCAAGUCUCUUGGCAGAAGGAGGCGGCGACUGGCCCGAAACAGGUUCACCAUCGAUUCCGACGCUGUGUCCGCCAGCAGCCCCGAGAGAGAGUCCCAGCAGCCCCCUGGUGCCGGGGACACUGACCGGUGGGUGGAGGAACAGUUCGACCUGGCUCAAUACGAGGAGCAGGACAUCAAGGAGACGGACAUUCUCAGCGAUGAGGACGAGGUCUGUGAGGCCGCGAGGGGCUCCGAUGGGGACGGAGACCUGCCCGAGCGGCUCCGGGCGGCCUCCCUCGGCCCGCGGGAGAGGGGCCGCAGGAGCCUGGACAGUCACGCGUCCCGCAUGACGCAGCUCAGGAAGCAGGCGGCGCUGUCGGGGGGCAGCGGAGGCCCCGAGCACGCGGGCGAGGAAGUCGUCUGGGUCAGGCGGGAAGACUUCGCCCCGUCCAGGAAACUGAACACGGAGAUCUGACUUGGCCCUGUGUAGAUAACCGUCCCCGCCCUGCCCCUUCCUGUCCCCACCUGUCCCCCGAGGACCAGGGGGUCCCCUAGGGGACACUGUUGCACACACGGUCCUGGCGGCUCACUGCUCGGGAGCCACGUGCCACCCAGCGCGUCAUUCUAACGCCAUCGGACAGGGUCGUUGAGAACCUCAAGGAAGCUCGAGCCCCGCCUUCUGCGCGUGACUAAGGGCUUUUAUCGACUCAGUUGGGGCCAGAAGAGUAAAGAAAAGGUUCCCUAACCCUGGAAAUCAGACCCGGGGGCUGAGUGUGAACAGCAGGUCAGCCGAGGGGGUGGCACCAAGUCGCAGAACAAAGCUCGCUGUCUGACCUCGCCGCAGCGCCUCCUGCUGGGGAGACUCGGAGCUUGACCAGGCCGGUGUGUAGCCAGCGAACCUGCCCUUCCCUCCUCGCUGUCGAACGUCUGUGUCCCAAGGGCGUGUGCGGGACCGCGCUCCUUUGUGUCUCGAUGGGCCUUUUUGUCUCCUCCGUUUUGGUCUGUGGCUGGUCUUAUGCCGUGUCCGUGUUUGGAAGUUCUAGUUUUGCAUAGUAUUAUAAAGAUGCCAAACUCUUUGAAAAGAGAGCCAAGCUUAUCACUUGAAAAAGAAAAAAAAAAAAAAAAGACUAUUUUUUGUAUUUUACCUGAGAGGCAGGGGCACAAACAGAUGAGAAAAUUUUACAGUGUUGGAGUAACUCUGAGUCUAGAAACGAGGGUUUUCCCUUUUGCAGAGAGCGCGAGGGUGGCGAUUUUAUAUUUAUAUUUGAAAGGCCGACGAGGUGCUCACGCUGAGGGGAGACUUUUUCCCCAAGAAGAUUUUGCUUGUGUGUGUGUUUGGUGGAGCCUCUGUUUGAGAUGGGCGCUUGGUUGAGUUGAAUGGGACACCUGCGGGGGGCGGGUAUCUGCCACCCGUGGGGGGCGGGGAGACUCCUCGGGGUUGCCGUGGUGAUCGUGGGUUUCCGUCCAAGUUGCAUCUUCACCUGUAGGUUGCCUCCCCUCCCUGACCGUCCACAACCAACCUCUUAACAAAACACAUGUGUUUCACACUCUUCUCAUGCCAAUGAAACAGGGUAAAAACAUGCUAAAAGCCUAACAUUCUAAACAGAUUUCCACGUAGGGAGACCACAAACAAGUUAAAGCACUUUCAAUUUUUUUUUAAAAGGUUUAUAGCUUUUUUCCCCCCCAUUUCGCAAUGUCCACUUCCUAAGAAAGGUUUAAAUAAUAUGAAAGCUUUCUUUUUUGGGGAAAAAUAUCUAUUUGGUGUUUGACACAUCAGUAGGUACUUUAAAGGCCUGAAUUUUAUAGUAGCCUUAGGAGUAUAUUUUAUACAAAUCAGUGGUGACUUUAUAUUUGCAGACGUAGAGAGCUCGGGACCUCGCUCGGUGCCCCCGCUUGCUUCCUGCCCCCGCCCUCCUCUCGGUUCCCAGGGCUUUGAGCUUGAUCUUUGGAAACUUUUAUCCUAUCGAAUUUUUGCUAUAUCUUCUGAUUUUCUGAAAACGCUUUAGAAUGGUUUCUAUCCUCCUUGUGUCUCCACACUGUCCAUGCCACCUCGGGUUCGGUGUGUCCGAUGGAAACGGGAGCCCAGGCUUCUGGCCACCACGUCCCGGCCCCGGGCAGCAGGUCCGCUGGAAGCUGGGGAGAGGAGCUCGCAGAGGGCGCCGCGUCGAUUGUACAUACAUCAUGACCUGUCCAUGUCCAAAGUUCUUAUAUAUUUCUUUUAUAAGCUGAAAGAAGGUCUAUUUUUAUGUUUUUAGGGUCUAUGAAUGGAAUGUUGUAAAUGCCUGUCAAACAAUAAAACUAUCAGAAAGUGUCUGGACA